AUGCUGUCGACAGAACGAACUGCUAGACCUCAUCCCUUUCGGCACCCUCACCGACCUGUUUCUUCAACCGCCAACGGGACUUCCGCGCGAGUCAUGCAAAACGGUACCGACCAUCUGGAACACAUCUGGAUCAUCACCGGUCCUGCAGGAUGUGGAAAGACCACCGUCGCACAGCACCUUGCGGCUGAGUUGUCGUUACCCUACAUCGAGGGGGAUGAUUACCAUCCCAUAGCCAACAAGCAAAAGAUGGCGUCCGGAAUCCCCCUGACCGAUGCCGACCGCUGGGAUUGGCUGAUCACCCUCCGAGAAGAAGCCAUCAAGAAGCUCCAGACCUCCAACUCGGUCAUUGUCACAUGCUCGGCCCUAAAGCGCAAAUACCGCGACGUGAUUCGAGUCGCCAACUACGAGCAUCCUUCCGUCCAAGUCCACUUCAUCUACCUCAAGGUCGACGAAGCCACGCUGCAAGCGAGAGUGGCGGCCCGGGUGGGCCAUUACAUGAAAGAAGGCAUGGUCCACAGCCAGAUGGCCACCUUGGAAGAGCCCGAGGAAGAGCUUGAAUGGGACGUCCUACAGGUCGACGUGAGGGAAGACAAAGAACUGGUCAAGCGGCAUGCCCUAGAGGUGGUGCAGCGCAAGCUGAAGGAAUAUGACGAGCUGGCGGCGGUGCCGCCGCAACAAGCCUCGUGA